GUUCCAUUCCUCCCCAAAGUUACAUCAACAUGGCUCUCAGGUUUGUGGUGUCGUUGGCCUUGGUAGCCAUGAUCGUUGGUGAACAUGUGAAUCCGUAUUCCAUACCAUCCGAAUACACUCCUCGUCCAACCUAUCCCACACGACCUCCAUAUAAGCCACAACCCACCUAUCGCCCAAAACCCACCUAUCGUCCAAAGCCUACAUAUACUCCUAGGCCUACCUAUCCCCCAAAGCCAACUUACACUCCAAAGCCUACCUAUGGUCACCCAACUCCCACCUAUGGUCCCCCACCAGCUUACGGACACCAGCCUGUGAAACCAUCCUGUGCUGCUGCCACCACCAAGACCUGGUGUCUGGAAGACAAGGAGUACCCCAGCUACGAGCUCCAGGCAGCUGCUCACCAGCACAAGGAUAAGCUUCUUACUCUCUACGCUGAUGUGGCCGACCUGAACACAGCACUCUCAGUCGAUGGUCUCAAGACCCAUUACGAUGAGACGUACCUCUGUCCCUCAGAGACCCAAUAUGUGAGACCACUGCGAGCCCAGAACACUGAUGGUAAAUGGCGCGUCAUCGUCAACAACAUUAAAGUAGAUUACCUGACUCUCACCCAGACAACCCGCAUUGAGGAGUGCCUCAACCCCGGCCACGCCUGCCCUCUGGUGCCCGUGUGCUACGAAUCCAAGUGCCUGCAGAAGUCUAUUUACCACCGCUUCCUCGUCUACGAUCCCUAUGAUCAGUACUUCCCCUUCGCCAUUGAGACCUUCAAGCUGCCCGCCAGCUGCGACUGUCUUCUGGGCGCCUUCAACCUCUACCACUAAGACCAACACACCACAAACCUCUCGCCAUAAAUAAGGAAGACUCAGAUUGUACGAUAAUAUAUUUUAAUCCUAAUCUUUCCUGUGUAUAGUCUAACAGCAGGAGUUUGUGAUUCCCUGCAGCAGCAUUACUGCUACUACAGGAGCCACAGUCCCUGGCAUGACUUAACAAGUCACAUAAAGAAAGCAGUUCUCUAGUCAUCUCGUUGUGAUAUGAUUAUUAUUAUAUGUUUAUAAUUAUUUCUCAUUUUGUUCUUAACUUAAUUUUUGGA